GGCGGCAAACAACAGAAGCCAAACAACAAGCUGACGAAAACUAGCGAGUCAAAAUGCUUACACCUGUUUUAACAUUUUAUUAGGAAAAUGAAUUGGUGCAACUUGUUAAACUAGACUGGAAACUGUGUCAGUGGUAAUUUUGUAAAGCAGAUCUUCCCUACACCAAAAAGAAACGGAAAAAGUGUUAAUCUCGUUGUACAAUACAUAUUUAUUCAAUCAUGGAAGACCAAAGUAAAAAAUAUGAAGGAAAAAACAGUGUAAUUGAAUUUGUAGAAGGCUGGGAUAUGAUUCAGACACUGGGUGAAGGAGCUUUUGGAGAGGUGAAACUAUUAGUUAAUGCCAAAACAGGUGAAGCAGUUGCAAUGAAAGUGAUUGAUCUCAAGAAGCACGCAAAUGCUGCUGAAACAGUCAAAAAAGAAGUUUGUGUGCACCGGAUGUUGAAUGAUGUGCACGUGAUAAGGUUUUAUGGGAGAAGGGAAAAUGGCAAUUUUGAAUUCAUUUUUUUGGAAUAUGCAUCUGGUGGAGAAUUAUUUGACAGAAUUGAGCCUGAUGUGGGAAUGCCUCAAGUAGAAGCUCAGCGCUAUUUCAAGCAGUUAAUUGCUGGUGUAAGCUACUUGCAUAGCAGAGGGAUUGCUCACAGGGAUAUAAAGCCGGAAAACUUGCUUUUGGAUGCCAAUGACAAUUUGAAAAUAUCUGAUUUUGGAAUGGCAACAGUUUUUCGAUUUCAAGGUCGAGAAAGGCAUCUGGACAAGCGUUGUGGGACGUUACCUUACAUCGCUCCUGAGGUUCUCUGUCGCAAGUACGCAGCAGAGCCAGCCGAUAUUUGGUCUUGUGGCGUCGUUCUUGUUGCCAUGUUAGCCGGAGAAUUGCCUUGGGAUGUCCCAUCUAAUGAUUGCCCUCUCUACACAUCCUGGAAGGAAUGUCAGAUCACGCGAUUGCCAUGGACCAAGAUUGAUACAUUGGCUCUGUCAUUACUCCGGAAAGUGCUGAUGCCGUUGCCCGGGAAACGUUACACUAUUCAGCAAAUAACUAAUCAUCAAUGGUUUCAGAAGAAAUUCAAAGUUCCUAGUACAUCUCUACGGACAGAGGAAAACAUGCCAGUCUCUAAACGCCUAUGCUCUGACGUAGUGGAUGCUGGUUUAUCACCGCCCUCAUCCGAUGCAACCCAUUUGUCCUACUCUCAGCCUGGACUUGGAUUCUUCUCCGGUUCUCAACCUGUCCAUCAAAACGACACUAACGAUGAUCAAGCCCCUAACAAGCAUCUGCCAGGCGCGAUGUUUAGCUUCUCUCAACCUGCUCAUAUCGACGAUAUGCUACUGAACUCUCAGCUGAACACACAAACUGCUUCGGGUUCAAGCAUCAGUUCGCCUCUCCAAAGACUUGUCAAGAGAAUGACUCGUCUUGUGGCAAAAGUUAGCUGUGAAGAAGCAAUCAAACAUUUGAGCCAACAGCUAAUCAAACUCGGCUACACUUGGAAAAUUCACACUCCUGGCGUGGUAACCAUAUCCACGCAAGAUCGACGGAAAAUGCAACUCGUCUUCAAAGCAACGGUUUACGAUAUGCAGACCAUGGUGUUACUCGACUUUCGAUUGUCGAGAGGCUGUGGACUUGAUUUUAAAAGACAUUUCCUAGCAAUUAAACAUAAGUUGGCAGAUAUAUUAUGUUCUGCACCAGUUACUUGGUCCAUUGCCACUGCUACAAAUAGCAUUCCUUAAUCUUUCAAUUGUAAUAUUGUUUUUAAAUACCAAUAAUGUUGCAUUACACUGAUUCAUAUGUA